AAGCAAGGGAAGGAAACCACCUACUGUUUCUCCCCCCAGGUGGAGGAGUGCGUGCUGAAUCUGGGCAAGUUCCACAACAUCGUUCGUCUCGUGGCCUUUUGUCCCUUUUCCUCGUCUCAGGUUGCCUUGGAAAAUGCCAACGCUGUGUCUGAAGGUGUUGUUCAUGAGGACCUCCGCCUGCUCUUGGAGACUCACCUGCCAGCCAAAAAGAAGAAAGUACUCUUGGGGGUUGGGGACCCCAAGAUUGGUGCUGCUAUACAAGAGGAGUUAGGAUACAACUGCCAGACUGGAGGUGUGAUAGCCGAGAUCCUGAGAGGAGUUCGUCUGCACUUCCACAACCUGGUGAAAGGUCUGACCGAUUUGUCUGCUUGCAAAGCGCAGCUGGGGCUGGGGCACAGCUAUUCUCGUGCCAAAGUUAAGUUUAAUGUGAACCGGGUGGACAAUAUGAUUAUCCAGUCCAUUAGCCUUCUGGACCAGCUGGAUAAGGACAUCAAUACUUUCUCCAUGCGUGUCAGGGAGUGGUAUGGGUAUCAUUUUCCCGAGCUGGUGAAGAUCAUCAAUGACAAUGCCACGUACUGCCGCCUUGCUCAGUUCAUUGGAAAUCGACGGGAGCUGAAUGAAGAAAAGUUGGAGAAGCUGGAGGAGCUGACAAUGGAUGGGGCCAAGGCUAAGGCUAUUCUGGAUGCCUCGAGGUCCUCCAUGGGCAUGGACAUAUCAGCCAUUGACUUGAUAAACAUCGAGAGCUUCUCCAGUCGUGUGGUGUCUUUGUCAGAGUACCGCCAAAGCCUACACACUUAUCUGCGAUCCAAGAUGAGCCAAGUAGCCCCCAGCCUGUCGGCCCUAAUUGGGGAAGCGGUAGGUGCACGUCUUAUUGCUCACGCUGGCAGUCUCACCAACCUGGCCAAGUAUCCAGCAUCCACAGUGCAGAUCCUUGGGGCUGAAAAGGCCCUGUUCAGAGCCCUGAAGACAAGGGGUAAUACCCCAAAAUAUGGACUUAUUUUCCACUCUACCUUCAUUGGCCGAGCAGCCGCCAAGAACAAAGGCCGCAUCUCCCGAUACCUGGCAAACAAAUGCAGCAUUGCCUCACGAAUUGAUUGCUUCUCUGAGGUGCCCACCAGUGUAUUUGGGGAGAAGCUUCGAGAACAAGUCGAGGAGCGGCUGUCCUUCUAUGAGACUGGAGAGAUUCCACGAAAGAAUCUGGAUGUCAUGAAGGAGGCGAUGGUGCAGGCAGAGGAAGCCGCUGCCGAGAUCACUAGGAAGUUGGAGAAACAGGAGAAGAAACGCUUGAAGAAGGAAAAGAAACGGCUGGCUGCAAUGGCCCUGGCUUCUUCAGAGAACAGUAGUACUCCGGAGGAGUGUGAGGAGACAAGUGAAAAACCCAAAAAGAAGAAAAAGCAAAAGUCCCAGGAGGUUCCUCAGGAAAAUGGAAUGGAAGACCCAUCUGUCUCUUUCUCCAAACCCAAGAAAAAGAAAUCUUUUUCCAAGGAGGAGCUGGUUAGUAGUGAUCUUGAAGAGACAGCUGGCAAUGUAAGUCUUCCCAAGAGGAAGAAAUCUUUCCCCAAAGAGGAACCGGUUAGCGACCUUGAAGAAUCAGGAAAUAAGAGUGUCCCCAAGAAAAAGAGGAAAUUGUCCAAGGAGGAGACACUCAGCAGUGGACCUGAGGAGCCCGCUGUUGCCAAGAACAGUGGCUCCAAGAAAAAGAAAAAGCUCCGGAAGCUAUCCCAGCAAGACUAGGAUGGACAUUUCCUGCAGAGUAUUUCCCAGCCCAUCCCCUAUAUCCCAGUAAAUAAAAACAAGUUCAAAGUUCACAGUUGA